UCAUGCUAUAUAAGUAACGCCUUACAUGUCAACUGAAUAUAGAUCAAACCAACUACACCACUUCAAUCCAUCCUGAUAUUAAUUCCCAUUUGAUCAUUACCAAUGGAUAUUAAUAAGUUUGUCUUAGUGCUUCUCUCUGCAUCCUUAGUUUUAGGACUAGUCCAAUGCUUCGAAUUCCACGAGAGUGACCUUGCUUCCGAAGAAAGCCUUUGGGAUUUGUAUGAGAGAUGGAGAGCCCAUCACACCAUUUCUCGAGACCUUGUGGAGAAAGAAAGGCGGUUCAACGUGUUCAAGACUAAUGUUCAUCAUGUUCACAAGGUGAAUAAGAUGGAUAAGCCUUACAAGCUGAAGCUAAACACGUAUGCUGAUAUGACUAACCAUGAGUUUAGAGCUUCUUACGGGUCUAAAAUUGCGCAUCACAGGAUGUUCCACCCACGUCCAGUGACGGAGUUCAUGCAUGGCAAGAUUGAAGAUAUUCCGGCCUCUGUUGAUUGGAGAACCAAGGGAGCUGUUACCCCUGUUAAAAAUCAACGGAAUUGCGGUAGUUGCUGGGCAUUCUCAACUAUAGCUUCAGUAGAAGGAAUCAACCAGAUCAAAACCAAACAAUUACUCUCACUCUCUGAGCAGGAGCUGGUAGAUUGUGACCAUGACAACUAUGGUUGCGAUGGAGGACUCGUUGAGCAUGCUUUUUCUUACAUUAAGAAAUCUGGUGGUGUCGUUGCUGAAACUACAUAUCCAUAUGAGGCUAAAAAUGAUAUAUGCAACUCAGCUAAGGCUAAUGCGCCAGUAGUGAAGAUCGAUGGUUAUGAAGUGGUGCCUGAAAAUGAUGAGAAUGCUUUACUGAAAGCCGUGGCAAAUCAACCUGUUUCUGUGGCUAUUGAUGCUAGUGGUUCUGAUUUGCAGUUCUACUCUGAGGGAGUGUUUAGUGGAGAGUGUGGAACAGACUUGGACCAUGCAGUAACAGCUGUAGGAUACGGAACAACGCAAGACGGAACCAAGUAUUGGAUAGUGAAGAACUCGUGGGGACCUGGAUGGGGUGAGAAAGGUUACAUUCGGAUGCAACGCGGUGUUGACGCCAAAGAGGGGCUUUGCGGCAUUGCAAUGGAUGCAUGCUACCCUACCAAGUUAUCUUCUGACAAUCCUCAUACUGCUGAGUCUGCUAAAGAUGAACUCUGAACAUUAGGACACUUGCGUUGAACGAGGAUAUCAAUUUGUUGAACUAGAUGUAUCAGCAUUAUUCAGUUUCUUUCUAUUGCAAAACUAUGCCUUUUUCUUCUUUCAAAUUGUUUUUAGGUUUCUUUGAUCCAUUUCCUACAGUAUUACCAAGCUAAAGCUGAAUAAUUGGUAAAAAUUUGCUUGAAAUAAAUGGAAGUUUGAGUUUUUUUAUUCA